AUGGCAACAGAUCCAUCGAGGGAUAAGGAUUACUCGUUUGCCCGACUUGCAGACCUCAAAGACAUCCAUGUGACCCUCAAGAUUACCGCUCUAGAGGGCAAGAUACCAAAGCGAUCCUACAAUGAGAUCCUGGAGAAGCCAGAGCUCCAGUACACGGGCGGCCAGGAUGAUGAGCUCUCGGACCUCUACGUGACUUGUCAGCUCUGGGCGGAUGGAAAGGACUAUACCCUUCCUUUUAGGACGCCAUGGAAGAGUUUCUCGUCCAAGUAUACCUGGAAUCAAAUGAUCAUUCUCCCCAUUACUUAUCCGUCGCUCUUGCUUUCUUCCCAGAUCACCUUGACGGUAUGGGAUGUACAGGGAGCGGGACGAGCGGUACCGGUGGGAGGAACUACUAUGAAGCUCUUCACUGAGAAGCGUACGCUUCGAAGGGGUCAACAGCGGCUGUUCAUGCAUCGCGGGGUCGAGGCGGAUCCGAAGCCUGACACAACCACGCCCAGUGAGCCGACAGAUCAAGCGGAAGACGAAAUGGGCCGUCUUGAGCAGCUUGUCAAAGAUCAUGAGAGGGGUGAUAUUCCGAAGAUAGACUGGCUGGACAGACUCGCUUUCAGGCAGAUCGCGGCUCUACAUGCGGCUGAGACCGCUAAAUCACCCCAUCUCUACCUAUACGUCGACCUCCCCAAGUUUGACUUCCCCGUCAUCUACUCUGAAGCCGAGUCUCAGAUCCCCCUUCCGCCUGCUCCGACUCUACCCACCCAGACUCCCCAACCACAGAACAUACCGGUACUCAAGCCGAACUCGAUCGCGAACAACCCAUACCUCUGGCGGACAUACGACCCAGACGCGUGGCGCGAAAACCCGGUCGAGAUCAAGCAUCGGAAGCUGCUCAGAAGUCAGCGAUUGGGCGAUGCGGGCAGAGAUCUGAAGCCGGGACCUGCGGAUCGGGAUAGACUGAAUGAGAUCUUCCGCUUCCCACCUACCACUCCACUCUCGCCGGCGGACAAGGAUCUCCUCUGGAAGUUCCGCUUUUCGCUCUUCCGCUCCCCUCGAUCAUUGACCAAGUUCCUCAAGUGCGUCACAUGGUCGGACCCCAUCGAGGCAAAGCAGGCGGUGGAGAAGCUGUUACCGUUAUGGGGCAGCGAGGUGGGCAUUGAUGAUGCACUGGAGCUACUCGGACCGGGCUUCAAGGAUCGGAGAGUCAGAGCGUUUGCGGUGAAGCGAUUGGAGAGGGCGGAGGACGAUGAGCUACUUCUCUACCUCCUCCAGCUCGUCCAAGCGCUCCGGUUCGAUACUACCGCGGCCGCAACUUCCCGCUCGAGCCGUAGACGACAAAGCGUAUCCACACCUGCUGAAGCAGACAGCGGUCUUGCCGACUUCCUUAUCGACCGCGGGGCCGGCAAUGCCCUCUUCGGCACGUCGCUGUUCUGGUAUCUCAUGAUAGAGGUCAUCGACAAUUCGCCCAUAUCAAAAAUGUACGCCAAGGUCGCAGAUGGCUUUAUGCGGAAGCUGGAGAGUACCCCAGAAGGCACCAUCCAGCGUCAGGUCCUGAAGCGGCAGGCGGAGCUGGUAGAUAUCUUGUCUACCCGAGCGAAGGACGUGAGGGCGAGUAAGGAUGUGCGGCAGAAGAAGAUCGAGAAGUUGCGCCACUGGCUCGGCGACAGCAAACAUGGGCUAUCGCCCCUUCCUUCCCCUCUCCCUCUACCGCUCAAUGCCCGGAUCUCCGUCACAUCCGUCACCUCCGACAAGUCAUCCGUCUUCAAAUCCAACCUCUUCCCUUUACUCUUGUGGUUCGAAACGGCCGACACGUCCCCCAAUCGCCUAGACGACGAUCCCGAUAUCGAGGCUCCGGCAAUGAUCACACCAGACUAUCCCGUCAUCUUCAAAAACGGCGAUGAUCUUCGACAGGACCAGCUCGUCAUCCAGCUCUUCUCGCUCAUGGACCGGCUUCUCCGGCGGGAGAAUCUGGACCUCAGGCUGUUGCCGUACAGUGUCCUAGCGACGAGUAGGGAGGAAGGGAUGAUUCAGUUUGUGCCGAGUAAGAGUCUGGCGGCGAUCAUGGCGGAGCAUGGGAGUUUGCAGAAUUAUCUGAGGUUGGAACAUGCGGAUGAUGGGGCGUUGGGGAGUUAUGGGAUCGAGGCGGGGGUCAUGGAUACGUUUGUGAGGAGUUGUGCUGGCUACUCUGUCCUGACCUACGUGUUGGGCGUCGGAGAUCGACAUCUCGAUAAUCUGAUGCUCGCGCCAGACGGACAUUUCUUCCAUGUGGACUACGGCUACAUCCUCGGGCGCGACCCCAAGCCCUACCCGCCCCCCGUCAAAGUCUGCAAAGAGAUGGUCGACGCGAUGGGCGGCACGACGUCCGCGCAUUACGCCAGAUUCCAAUCUUUGGCGUACACGGCCUUCAUCGGUCUUCGGAAGAACGCCAAUCUCAUCUUGAAUCUGGUGGCAUUGAUGGUGGAUGCUGGGAUUCAGGAUAUUCAGCUCGAGCCCGAUAAGGCUGUAUGGAAGGUCCAAGAAAAGUUCAUGCUGGACGUGAGCGAGGAGGUGGCGAUCAAGCAGUUUGAGGCGUUGUUGAACGAUACGAGCUAUUUGACGGUCAUGUUCGAUCGGAUUCAUGAUUGGUCAGCUGUUGUCUGCUCCUUGUCCCAGACAGAAGCCAAGCUGACGUCGUGUAGGGCUCAGUAUCUACGAGAUUAG